AUGGAGAUAGCGUCUAUACCACAAGAAGCGCUUGAAAAGGCAACUGAAGCCAUAUCACUCAUUGACCAGUCCUCGAACUCGACGUCCACGGUCUCUGUCACGAAGGUGCCAGCCUCUCUCAUAGACAGCACGUUCUCGACACACACCAACCUGACCACGACAGUGCUUGGUGCUUCUGUAUUAUCCUUUUCGGACGAAUGGUUUGCCGAAGCCAACAACCUCCUCACCCCUACACCUGCGAUCAGACGACCGGGAGUCUAUGUACAUUCAGGAGCUUGGUAUGAUGGAUGGGAGACAAGAAGACACAACUCGAAGCCGUUCGAUUGGGUGGUGGUAAAGCUAGGUUGUGUAGGCGUCGUGGAUGCAGUCGAGGUCGAUACAGCAUACUUCAAUGGCAACGAAGCUCCUGAGGCAGGCCUGGAAGGAUGCUUCAUCCAUGAAGGCUCAGAAACCGGGAUUGAGAAAGAGAUUGCAGACGAGAGCUUCACAAGGUGGGAGGAAAUACUGCCAAAGCAGCUUUGCGGACCAAGUCAAAGGCAGGCAUGGAAGGUCAGUGGUCCUGGUGUUGAGGGCAAGCAAUGGACACACUUGAGGCUGAAGAUGUUUCCUGACGGAGGCAUCGCUCGGUUGAGAGUGUAUGGAAAGGUAGUGCCACCACCACUAGUUUCACGUCAGGACAAUGAACAACCACUCGAGGACCUAGCUAGUGCACUAAAUGGAGGUGUUGCUGUUGAGUGCUCAGACCAGCACUUCGGAGUCAAGUCGAACCUGGUAUUACCUGGUCGAGGAAAGGACAUGGGCGAUGGCUGGGAGACAGCAAGAAGUCGAGCACCAGGUCAUACAGAUUGGGCAAUCAUCAAGCUGGGUCUGAAAGGAAAGAGCAUCGAAAAAGUUAUUGUGGAUACGAAGGAUUUCAGAGGUAACUUUCCCAGAGCAGUGAAGGUUGAGGGAUGGCCUGCUGAACCGUCCAAGGCAGCAUUAGGUCUUGAUGGUCCACCAAAAGCUGAUAGUGCUGGAUGGGUAUCACUCAUUGACGGUGAGAAGAAGUGUCAAGCCGAUACGGAACACGUGUUCGAAGGUGAUGACCUCGUUGCCAAUGUACCACUCCAAGAUUGGGUGUGGACACACGUGAAGAUGACCAUAAUACCUGAUGGCGGCGUGAAGAGGCUGAGGAUAUUCGGCAAAAGAGCUUAA